CCAAGGAGUCACUCCUCCUUGCUUUGGGCCCGCUCCUCCUCUGACUCCAUGCUGCCGGCAGUGAGGAAGAAGGAGAGCUCUGCCUACAACGGGGAAGGUCAUGUCAGGCUAACCAGAGAAGCAGAGCAUCAGUCCACACCCGCCAGAGAGGAGUCUGGGAGACUACUACAGGACAGAGAGCAUUAUGGGAGAUCACAUGACAGUUCUGAAGACCGAGAGCGUCAUGGGAGAUCACAUGACAGUUCUGAAGACCGAGAGCAUCAUGGAAGACCAAGGGACAGUUCUGAAGACAGAGAGCAUCAUGGGAGAUCACAUGAAAGUUCUGAAGACAGAGAGCAUUAUGGGAGACCACCACAGGACAGUUCUGAGCACAGAGAGUAUUAUGGGAGACCACCACAGGACAUCUCUGGCAGUAGCUCCACCUUCCUCCUGACCGAAUCCGUGCGGAGGGUGGAGCCUGAGGGCUGCAGUGCUGGCCUCUCGGACACGCGGAUUGGCCCUGUGCCGGUCAGCCAACCUGGUCCCUCAUUGGGUGAUGCUGGCGUUGGCAAACUGCAGCAGGCUCCAACAGUGGGAGGAGGAAACCCAGAAGUGCAGAUGGCUCCAGAAGAGGGAAGCUCUUCGUCCUCUUCGUCCUCCUGUCCCGUGGGCUCUGAGCAGGUGUGUGGUCUGUCUGAGCCGGCCCACGGUGGGGAUCAGGGUGGAGAUGCUCUGAGUGAUGGGGGCAGCAGCAGCAGCAGUUCUCUAGCAGCCAGGGUAGCCAGGCUGCUCCAGAGUGAGUCCCCAGCCUCGGUGGCGUCCCUGUCCAGCCGAGCCAGUACCGCCACAGCAGACCUGGAGGAAAGCAGAGCCAGAGAGUGGCUGAGGCUGAAGGUGUUGGGGCAGCACUGUGAAACUCUGGAGCUCAACACGGAGGAUAGACAACGCAUAGAAGAGAUCAAGAGAGAGAUACUCUUUAAACACCCACUACAGAACCCGAGGAGCACGGACACGGACAGCAGUGCUGCGUCCAGCCUUGUAGGUCCAGGGGGCCUGCCUCCCUCCCUACCCCAGCCUGAGGAGCAGUUGGUUGGGGAGCAGAAGCAGUUCAGGGCCCUGAAGGCAGCUGAGGACUGUCUGUCCCACCAGCUACAGCAGCUGAGCAGGAACCCGUUUGCCGACAGCGUUGAGCUGCGUACCCCUCUAAGGCAGGACCUAGAGGGCCGGGUCAGACAGAUCGCCCUCCGAGAGGGGUUAUACGUCCUCCCUAGAGCGCACCCUCCACCCCUCACCUCCAUCACCAUUGCCACCUCCCGCCGCUCCCCCCUCCCCGAGCCUCUACAGGUGUCCCAGUUCACCUUAGAAGGGGUCUCCCAACCCACAGUGCAGGGGUGGCUACCUCAGACACCGCCCCAGCAGCAGGGGAGGGAGAGCACCACCAACUCGACACACUGCUCCGUGUCCAGAGACACGACCACCAUGACUGGAUCACAGGCCAACAGCAGCAGUCUGUACCCCAGAGACAGAAAGACACGCCUGGGCCAGGAGCCGGGCCAGGAGCCGAGACAGGAGCCAGGCCAGGAGCCGAGACAGGAGCCGGGCCAGGAGCCGAGACAGGAGCCGAGACAGGAGCCGAGACAGGAGCCGAGACAGGAGCCGGGCCAGGAGCCGAGACAGGAGCCGAGACAGGAGCCGAGACAGGAGCCGGGCCAGGUGCCGAGACAGGAGCCGGGCCAGGAGCCGAGACAGGAGCCGGGCCAGGUGCCGGGCCAGGAGCCGAGACAGGAGCCGAGACAGGUGCCGGGCCAGGAGCCGAGACAGGAGCCAGGCCAGGUGCUGAGACAGGAGCCGAGACAGGAGCCGAGACAGGAGCCGGGCCAGGAGCAGCUGCCUGGUAUAGACCAAGAGAACCCCUUUACUGGUCCCCCCCACUCUGCAGCUCCUCUCCCUCUGACCCCAGUCAUGUACGGGCAGAUUUCCCGGUCUCACCCCGACGAAGGACGUCCUGGGUCCAUCGUGGGUUCUGGAGCAGACUGGGUCUCUGGAGCUUGGACCACCAGGACAGGUCAGGUCUCCCACCUCCACGUCACCCUCUCCCCUGGUCCUAAAGGGGCUGAAGAGUCCCGGAGACUUCUGUCCUUUGCUCCUGUCAGACACUCCUCUGCCGUCUCCAGCAGUGUUGACGAAGACGAGAGCCUAGGUUACGCCCCGAGCCUGCUCCGGCCAAUAAGACGGGGUCGCAGGAGAACAGAGAUCCAAUUUGGAGACGGGGGCAGGAGACGGCCGACGCCUCAGUCCAGAUCACCACGGCAACGGCAACCUCCACCUUCCCACAAUGCUUCACACCUCCCCAGAGGCUGA